UCAGCCCCCAUGAAAAAUUUUCCCUUCAAUUAAAAAGUUGCUUUUUCUGGCAAUCAUCAAUGAUAAACACCUCUAGAAAUGGCACUUAGGAUGUUAACUAAUCAGGCUCACCGUAGCCAUCUACAUUUGUUCACCACCAGUGCUGCUACUGUAGUCAGAAAUCAUGGUGGAUCAGGGCAAAAUUUAUGGCGUCUGCGACAAAUGGUCAAACCUUCUAACCAAACGAGGGGCUUUCAGUUUCAUACAGUGCAAUCCAAAAUAGAUCCCCAAAAACUUCUUAACCAGAACAGAAAAUUCCUACAGAAAGGAAAACAAGGAGUUUUGAAUAUCCUCAAAUCAUCUUUUGCAAAACCUGUCAUUGGGUUUGCCUUAUCUGGAACAGCAAUUGCUUUGGCAAAAGAAAACCAUAAACCGAAACAAAUUUUCGUGAAUGAUAAUGGAAAUGGUGACACAGAAUGGUCAAGAGUCGCUGAACAAAAGGAUGACAGUGGACAACCCGAGCCAGAUUUUGAUUGGAAAGAAUUCUGCAAGAUGCUGUGGCCUGAGUGUUGGUAUCUUCUUGGGGCAAUUGCCAGUGCAUUUGCAGUUGCUGUGGUUAACAUCCAGAUUCCAGCACACCUUGGGGAGCUUGUCAAUGUCGUCUCGGAGUUUACGAAAGGGGCCACAGAAGACUAUAUUGCAGCUAUGAAAGAGCCAGUUAUGAAACUUCUUACUGUUUAUGGACUCCAGGCUGGCCUGACCUUCAUUUACAUCACCCUGCUCUCCUCAAUUGGUGAAAGAUUGGCUGCUCAACUCAGGAAGAAAUUGUUCCAUUCCAUUAUCCAGCAGGACAUGGAGUUCUUUGAUACUCAUCGAGGGGGAGAAAUUAUCAACAGACUUACUUCAGAUGUUCAAGAUUUCAAGAGCUCUUUUAAAAUGUGUAUAUCUCAGGGAUUAAGGAGUACAACUCAGGUAAUAGGAUCUACCGUAGCACUACUGAUGAUCUCCCCAAAGCUGACUGGAGUCAUAAUCGCAGUCAUCCCAUUCAUCGUCCUUACUGGUGCACUGAUCGGUUCGUCCUUGCGGAAGUUAUCAAGAGCUGCUCAGCAACAGGUUGCUAAAGCAGUAGCAGUGGCCGAUGAGGCUGUAGGAAACAUGAGCACGGUACGAGCAUUCGCCAUGGAGGGGAUGGAGACAGAGCUCUACAACAAGGAGGUGAAUGAGUCUUGUAGACAGAACCAGAAGCUUGGCUUAGGCAUUGGAGUUUUCCAGGGCCUGGCGAAUUUUGCUCUUAAUGGUAUUGUUCUUGGGAUGUUAUUUGCGGGUGGUUGUAUGUUGGCCACUGAUAAACUGUCUCCAGGUGAUCUGAUGUCUUUCCUCGUCGCCACUCAAACUAUCCAGAGAUCGUUGGCACAGAUGUCGUUACUGUUUGGUCAGGCAGUCAGAGGAAUGAGUGCCGGGGCACGUGUGUUCGAGUACAUAGCUUUACAGCCCAAAAUUGCUCUCUCUGGUGGUGUGCAGGACAAUCAACUGAUUGAACUGGCUCGAUCUAGUCAGGAAUUCCAUUGCGUUCAGUUUGAAGAUGUUAAAUUUGCCUACCCAUCUCGAAAGGAACAGGUUGUCCUACACGAUUUCAACAUCAACAUUCCAAGUGGUAAAGUGGUUGCACUUUGUGGAUUAUCAGGGGCUGGUAAAUCGACUGUCGCUGCCCUCCUGGAGCAUUUCUAUGACAUUGACUCGGGGACCAUCCAUAUAUGUGGGCGGGACAUUAAGACUCUUGAUCCAACGUGGCUACGAGGGAAGGUGCUAGGGUUCAUCAAGCAAGAGCCACAACUAUUCGCUACAUCUGUGAAGGAAAAUAUAAGAUAUGGGAAGCCAGAUGCAUCAGAUGAGGAGAUUUAUGAAGCAGCCAAACUAGCCAAUGCUCAUAAAUUCAUCGAAGGCUUUCCGGACGGUUACGAUACGAUAGUUGGUGAACGUGGGACGACUGUAUCUGGUGGACAGAAGCAGCGGAUAGCCAUUGCUCGUGCUUUGCUGAAGAACCCCGCCAUUCUAAUCCUGGAUGAGGCAACGAGUGCCCUGGAUGCAGAGUCUGAGAGAUUGGUACAGGAAGCUUUGGAUAGAGUAAUGAAAGGUCGCACUGUGAUAAUCAUUGCCCAUCGCCUCAGCACCAUCAAAAACGCCGACUUGAUAGCGGUAGUGGCCAAGGGAUCUGUAGCAGAAAUAGGCAAUCAUGAUGACUUGAUGAGGAGGAAGGGACUUUAUUGGAACCUUGUCAAACAGCAAUACUUUGAACAAGAGAACGAAUGAUGAUUCUCAUCCUUCUCCCACAUGAAGUGGUCUGUGGUCUAGUAUGUAGGGUUUAGACUUUCAAAUCUCAGCUGGCUGUGAUAACAGUGUUACGCAGUUGUUAUUUUGAUUCAACUUUUGAAUGUGAUAUAUGAAUGAAUGUUUUUCUAAAUAAAAAUA